AUGCAUCGGGCAAGUGUGCUCAGCUCCUGUUGCCUCCUCCUGCUUUUGGGGGCACUGCCUGCUCGGGCAGCCAGCGAGGACCCCCUGGAGAAGGUGAUUGAAGGCAUCAACCGCGGGCUGAGCAAUGCCGAGCGGGAGGUGGGCAGAGCCCUGGAAGGCAUCAACAAUGGCCUCACACAAGCCGGAAGGGAAGUGGAGAAGGUGUUUAAUGGACUGAGCCACAUGAGCAGCCAGGCCAGCAAGGAGGUGGAGAGGGGCGUCAACACCGGCAUGGACAAGGUGGUCCAUGGGAUCAACAAUGGCGUCGGACACACAGGAAAGGAAGCAGAGAAGUUUGCCCAUGGGGUCAACCACGCUGCUGGACAGGUUGGGAAGGAGGCAGACAAAGUAAUCCAUCAUGGGGUCAAUCAGGCGGGAAGUGCCCACCAUGCCGCAGGGCAGGCUGGGAAGGAGGCAGAGAAGUUUGGCCAAGGGGCUCACCAUACUUUUGGCCAAGGUGCCCACCAUGCCGCAGGGCAGGCUGGGAAGGAGGCAGAGAAGUUUGGCCAAGGGGCUCACCAUACUUUUGGCCAAGGUGCCCACCAUGCUGCAGGGCAGGCUGGGAAGGAGGCAGAGAAGUUUGGCCAAGGGGCCCACCAUGCCGCAGGGCAGGCUGGGAAGGAGGCAGAGAAGUUUGGCCAAGGGGCCCACCAUACUUUUGGCCAAGGUGCCCACCAUGCUGCAGGGCAGGCUGGGAAGGAGGCAGAGAAGUUUGGCCAAGGUGCCCACCAUGCCGCAGGGCAGGCUGGGAAGGAGGCAGAGAAGUUUGGCCAAGGGGCCCACCAUGCCGCAGGGCAGGCUGGGAAGGAGGCAGAGAAGUUUGGCCAAGGGGCCCACCAUACUUUUGGCCAAGGUGCCCACCAUGCUGCAGGGCAGGCUGGGAAGGAGGCAGAGAAGUUUGGCCAAGGGGCCCACCAUGCCGCAGGGCAGGCUGGGAAGGAGGCAGAGAAGUUUGGCCAAGGUGCCCACCAUGCCGCAGGGCAGGCUGGGAAGGAGGCAGAGAAGUUUGGCCAAGGGGCCCACCAUGCCGCAGGGCAGGCUGGAAAGGAGGCAGAGAAGUUUGGCCAAGGGGCCCACCAUCCUUUUGGCCAAGGGGCCCACCAUACUUUUGGCGAGGCUGGGAAGGAGGCAGAGAAAUUGGGCCAAGGAGUCCACCAUACUUUUAGUCAAGCUGGAAAGGAAGUUGAGAAAUUUGGCCAAGGGAUCCACCAUGCCGCAGGGCAGGCUGGGAAGGAGGCAGAGAAGUUUGGGGAGGCGGCUCACCACACCCUGGAGCAGGCUGGGAAGGAGGGAGGCAAGGUGGUCCAGGGCGCUCACCAUGGGCUCAGCCAUGCCGCCAUGGAGGCCCAACAGUUUGGCCAUGGCGGUGGUCAUUAUUACUCAGCGGGGCAGGCCGGGGGAGUGGGAGAAAGAAUAAUUCCUGGUGUUCAGGCUGGGGUCAACCAGGUUGGGAAAGAGGUGGAGGCGUUUGGCCAGGGAGUCCACCAUGCCGUUGAACAGGCCGGAAAGGAAGCAGACAAGGUGGUCCCGGGGGUCCACGAUGGGUUCCAUCAGGCCGGGAAGGAGGCAGAGAAGCUUGGCCAAGGGCUCAACAAUGCUGCUGGUCAGGCCGGAAAGGAAGCGGAGAAACUUGGCCAAGGUGUCCACCAUACUGCCGACCAGGCCGGGGAAGAAAUGGACAGGUUGCAUCAGAAUGUUCAUUAUGGGGUCAACCAAGCCGGCAAGGAGGCCAAUCAGGGCAGCAGCCAUCAAGGCGGGGCUUCCGGCCAUCAAGGAGGGGCCGCCACAACGCCAUUGGCAUCUGGGGCGUCGGCCAACAAGCCUUUCAUGGAUUUGCAGGCUCUGUGGAGGAGCGUCGCCGACAUCAUGCCAUAA